CCUUCUAAUGACGUCACGUCCCGCUAACGUGAUACGCACUAGGUUUCAGGAGGCUAGAGAGUCGCUCAUCGCGGUCAAAAUAGUAAUAAAUACAGGAGACAGAAGGAGUUUCUCUUCAAACAGACAUUGCUGCUAUUUACGCCAGACAGGAACACUAUUUAUUCUAAGGUGAUUGUUCAACCCAAAGAUGAAUUUUGAGCAGCCCCCUCCAUACCCAGGCAGCGGCCCCACUGCUCCAGGCUACCCAGCCCAGGGCCCACCUCCACAAGGCUACCCACCUCAGGGUUAUCCUCAACAGGGAUACCCUGUAAACAUGGAGCAGCCUAAUCCAGCAUACCCUAACUACCCACCCGGACCAGUGGGCCCCGGAGGUCCUUAUCCCGGCCCAGGACAGCCUCCUUACCAUGGAUACCCUGGACAACCACAGUUUGGCUGGCAAGGGGGACCCCCUCCUGGCCCUAUGUAUGGGGAAGCUCCCAAAAACACAGUGUACGUGGUGGAGGACAGGAGAAGAGACGACACAGGAGACACAUGCCUGACAGCCUGCUGGACAGCUCUGUGUUGCUGCUGUCUCUGGGACAUGCUGACAUAACGCUGUUCACCAACUGUUCACCCCCAUAACCCCCUUGCCCCCCAUUUCUGUGCCUCAGAUCCCAUCGCCCCGCUCCCCCCAUCUGCCUUAAACCUUGCACGCCCUUAAAACUACCCCUCCAUUUCCUCGACACGUUUUUUGCACGUCUAUAAAUAAAAGCCUCGAUCCCAUGCGGAAGUCUCUUCCCAAGGCCUCCCACUCUACCUUGAUGUGAAACCCUCAGCACUGACUGACUGACCGACCCUGUCCAGGAGCUACUCUGUAGCAGCUUGUAACUGAGCUUCUCAACAUAACCUGAAUCUCAGGCUCUUUAUUACAAUUGCACACCUACACACAACAGGCAGCACACACACAGACAAGGUAGACACACAAAAACACGUACACACAUACAGUAUACUUGGAUCUCAGGCUCAUCUAGUGUGAUGCUCUUUGGCACUUUAUGAUGAUUACCUCUGUAAGAUACUACUCCUGCCUGCCCUUUCAACCAUCUCCAACCCUUCCCAACCCCCCCCCCCCCCCCCUUCAGCUGCUUAUCCUGCCCCAGGACUACCCCUUAUCCUAUACCCCAUACCCCAAAGGCCACUAAGACCCUGGCUGUUAAUGAGCCACUGGGUGCUACAUGCUUGAAAUGUAUCCCUUUCAUUUGCACAGAAGCUGUUUUUGCCGACAUACGUCUUCAGGUGGAAUCAUAUGACAAUAAAUGGAAUGCAUUUUUAAAGAUGACAGUGAUUUAUGUUUGAUUACUGUUCACAUUAUAUGGCCACAAUGUUUUUUUUUCAUGGUGAUCUUGAUAAGAAAAAAAAAUUCCAAUAUAAUUUUUAUUACAUACCUUGGAGAUAAAACUGAAAAUGUGAAAAAAAAAUGUUGUGAUUGCUCAACAGAGAAAACCAAAUGACCUGUUGUUUGCCUUUUUUGCUUAAGAUGAGAAUCUUGCAUUAAAAUAAUUUAUUCCCAUGAAA